AUGAUUUUGAAUGAGAUCUCAAAGGAGGAUGAACAAUAAUCAUUUGUCAGCCUUAAUGACAGAGAUUUAAUUGCAGAAACUUAAACCAAUCUAAAAUAGCAAAUAACCUAUUUGCCACCAAUGUACUCAUCAAUAUCAUUCAUUGUUCUCAUUGCUGCAAUUUUAAGUUAAUUCCAAUAUCCAAGGGCAUAAACCUUUCCCUUAUUCUUAGAAUUACCAUUCUAAAAAAAUUAAUUAUUUACUGUAUGCCCUUUGUUAUUACUCAUUUUAGAUUGGAAAUGCAUUGAUUACUUUGAUGGGCAUCCUAAUUUAUUAUUUGGUUUACUAAGCGAAUUAAUAAAUUCCAAGAAGAAAGAGAUUUGGCUCAAGACAUGGCUCUCAAAAACCUUUUUCCUUUUAGAUCUUUUUGAGUGGAGUUUUAGCUCAUUUGGCAUUUUUAGCCUUUGCAUUGCUGCCGAUUGAAUAAAAAAACCAAAUCAACUUCCUCUGUAUCUUAAAUUCUUAUAAUAUAAUUUUAUUAUUACUUUAGAUACUGAAGAUAGGAUUUUGUUAACUUUCUCCUUUAUUAUGAACUUCCUCUUUACUAGUUAUUAUAUGUGUUAUAAGUAGAAUUCAUAAUUCUUGCUAAUUGUUAAUUAAUCAAAAGAGUUUUCAUUAAGUCAGUAAAUUAAAGCUGCUCUAUUUACUGUAAUUUGCUUUUUGUUCGCUGCCUGUAAGUCUAGAAUAUCAUAUGAUUAGUUGUAUCUGUAAAUUUCAUAAGUUUAUUCAUGGGUAUGCCAAUGGCUCAAGGAGAACCCAAUAUAAAUGAUGGUUUAAGUGCAUCAGAAGACUUUAUAGCCAAUAUGGUCAGUGAAAUAUAUUCGACCUUGUCUUAUAGUCUAUAUUUAAUGAAUUCAUUUUUUAUUGGAAUGUUUUAUACUGAUCUGAAAAAUGUAAUUUAUGCAAUAAUAUAAUCUAGGUUAAUUUGAUUAUGAUCAAUGAUUAAGAAAUCACAUUGGGCAGAAACGAGAAAUCAGUAUGAUAAUUGAAUGAUUGUUUUAUCAAGUUUAAUAUAUACACAUAAAAACGGAUUAAUAUUAAUAAAAUGAAAGUAUUCAUCACAUUGACUCUCUUGUAUUUGACAAUUGCCAAGUAUAAAUGAUCAUGAUAAAUAGCUAAGGGAUAUUAUCGACAGUUGGUGAUCAAGUACAUCCCUUCUAAUCAGUGAUUGUAGCAUUAUCAGAAGUAGCAUCUAAAGACUUUAAUUUUUAAUAAUUGUUUGUUGCUCUAGAUGAAUUGGCCGAAUCUUUUAAAGAAAGAAAGGUUGAAGAAAAUGCUUUUUAUGAGCAAGAAUAUCAACAAUAUUAAGCAGAUGUACAAUACUACUAAAAUUAAAUUACAGACUUUAAGAAUAAGGUAGUUUUAUGUGUUUUAUAAUACGAAAGAUUGCCUAAUUAGAGGUUGAUGUCAAGGAUUUGACUGAUGAAAGAGCUAGAUUGUAAUAACUUUUGACUGAAGCCAAGUAAGAUCUUUAUGAUGCUACCAAAUUAUUUAAUGCAAAGGAAGCACAAAUCAACUCAGAUAAAUCUACUUUUACUAGAUAAUUCAAUGAAUAUGCAGAUACAAUUGCAGUGUUAGAUUAAGCUAUUGCAUUGUUAAAUGAAGUAAAAGAUGAAACAUCCUUGUUAUAAAAAUCAGAUAACAUCAAAGAGAUCUCAUCAAAGAUGCACACUCAGUAUUACUCAUAUUUAAUAAUAGCCUCAAAUAACUUUCCUCCAAGAGAGUCUUCUAUUAGCCAUUAGUAAAGGCACUCACUUAAAUUGCCUAAAAUAACUAUGUUGACUAAGAGAAUCUCAACAAGGUUAUCAAUUACAUGAAUUAAUUGAGACAAUCUUUAAUCGAUGGAUAAACAUCUUUACAAAAUCAGUUUGAUGCCUAAUCCAAAUUAUAAUAAGACAUUUUAUCAGAAAUUCAAGCCAAAAUAACUGGAAUUAGAGAUGUCUUGAUUCCCUUGUUGUAAACUGAAAUUGAGACCAAGGAUGGUGAAAUUAAGGCACUUAAUGCAAUUCUUAACGAUGCAAGACUUAAUUUGACUGAAGCAGAAGAUAAUCUCACUGCAACUUAAAAUAGAUGGAUUGAAAGGUAUAGAGUGAAUUAAUAUGUUUACUUAGAACUGCUUCACAUAACUCCUUAAUUCAAUAAUAUGAUAAUGAACUCUUAGCCAUCAAAGAUGCUGAAAAUGCCUUAAAAAAAGGAGGUAUAUUUAGAUAAUGAUAAACAAAAUUAUUCAC